AUGAACAAUGUUAAUCCUAGGGACUACCGUUGGAACAGUUUCAAUGUGUUAAUAAGCACAUUUGAGAUUUUUAUUUCAAGUAAGGUGAGAAGAAAUGAUGUCAAAGAUGAUGAUCCGGACUUACCAAGGCUUCGGAUAACUAGAUUCCCUUAUGAGGACUUGAAGGCCAUGACAGGAGAUUUCAACAUCAAUCUUGGGGAAGGAGGAUUUGGCUCUGUGUUUCUAGGAAUUUUACCCAGUGGCAUAAGGGUUGCAGUCAAGUGCCUUGAUGGUUUUGGUCAAAUAAGGAGGUCUUUCUUGGUCAAGGCCGGAACCAUUGGCACUAUCCAUCAUGUCAAUCUAGUGAGAAUACUUGGAUUUUGUGCUGAAAAAUCACAUAGGCUUUUAGUUUAUGAGUACAUGUGCAAUGGUUCUUUUGAUAAGUGGAUCUUCCAUAAUGAUCAGGAGUUUGACCUCUGCUGGCAAGUGCGGAGAAAGAUUAUCGUCGAUAUUGCCAAAGGACUAGACGAACUCCAUGAGGAAUGCCAUCAAAAAAUAAUUCACUUGGACAUCAAACCCCAACAUAUACUUGUGGAUGAACAUUUCAAUGCAAAGCUUGCUUAUUUUGGGUUGUCGAAGCUAAUUGAUAAGGACCAAAGCCAUGUCAUAACGACCAUGCAAGGAACACAUGGUUACCUUGCUCUAGAAUGGCUGAGUUUUGUUAUCAAGGAAAAGGUAGAUGUGUACAGUUUUGGCAUUGUGAUGUUAGAAAUCCUAUGUGGGAGGAAAAAUGUGGACCACUCUUUGCCGAGUGAUGAAGUGCAUAUGUUGACCCUUUUUCAAGUGCAAAGCAGAAUAAGAACAACUAUUGGACAUGAUUGA